AUGGCGUCCAUCCAGUCUCCCACCCCAAAACUCGACCGAUACAUCAUCAUCCACGUCGCUACAACCUGUGAUGAACAUGGCGUCUACGUUACAAAGGACUCUGCCGAAGUCAUUGAGCUUGGAUGGAUACUCCUGGACACCAAGAACUGUGAAGAGAUCCAUCGUGAGAGUGUCCUGGUGAAGCCAGUCAACACUCCCAUUACGCCUCUUUGCA